UCGCGCGAUCUGCCGUCAUAUCAGCUUAUGGCGCUGGCCGCUGAUUGGCUGGCUGCUCUAUCCUCGGGCGCCGGCUCGGCCCCUCCCAGCCCGGCCUGUUGGCUGCCAACCUGCCGGGGCAGUCUGCAGAGCAGCGGCGUGCGGAGCAGCGGCUGGCCACCUCCAGGGGCUAAGCGAUGGACCUUGUACUCAGUGUUGCAGAUUAUUAUUUUUUUACACCAUACAUAUAUCCAGCUACAUGGCCAGAAGAUGACAUCCUCCGACAAGCUAUUAGUCUUCUGAUUGUAGCAAAUGUUGGUGGUUACAUCCUUUAUUUCUUCUUUGCAACAUUUAGCUAUUAUUUUGUCUUUGAUCAUGCAUUAAUGAAACAUCCACAAUUUUUAAAGAAUCAAGUCCGUCGAGAGAUUAAGUUUACUGUCCAGGCAUUGCCAUGGAUGAGUAUGCCUACUGUUUUACUGUUCCUGCUGGAGAUAAGAGGUUACAGCAAAUUACAUGAUGACCUGGGAGAGUUUCCAUAUGGAUUGUUUGAACUCGUUGUUAGUAUAAUAUCUUUCCUCUUCUUCACUGACAUGUUCAUCUACUGGAUUCACAGAGGCCUUCAUCAUAGACUGGUAUAUAAGCACCUGCAUAAACCUCAUCAUGUUUGGAAGAUUCCUACUCCAUUUGCAAGUCACGCUUUUCACCCUGUCGAUGGCUUUCUUCAGAGUCUCCCUUACCAUGUAUACCCUUUUCUCUUUCCAUUACACAAGGUGGUUUAUUUAAGUCUGUACAUCUUGGUUAAUAUCUGGACGAUUUCCAUUCAUGAUGGUGAUUUUCGUGUCCCCCAAAUCUUACAGCCAUUUAUUAACGGCUCAGCUCAUCAUACAGACCACCAUAUGUUCUUUGACUAUAAUUAUGGACAGUAUUUUACUUUGUGGGAUAGGAUUGGAGGCUCAUUCAAAAAUCCUUCCUCCUUUGAGGGGAAGGGACCACUCAGUUAUGUGAAGAACAUGACAGAAGGAAAGUGCAGCAGCCAUGCAGGAAAUAGUUGUAAGAAUGAAAAAUUAUUCAAUGGAGAGUUUACGAAGACUGAAUAGAUUAUUGCCCAGUUAUUCUUAAGUAAGGAUGAAGAAGGGAAUAUAAUAUUUCUUUUUUUUUUUAAUAAGGAAAAAGUGAUCUACAUACAUCCAGGAUACAUAGUAAGUAAAUGGUAUCAUUUGGAAAUCAGCAUUGUGGGCACUGCUGAGGAGUGAUCAUAAGCGUAGGUCAGGAGAAGAUGCUGUGACCACUAGGAUUUUAAUCUCAUGCUUAAAAUGCCACUAGUUGUCCCAGGGACAACUUGUGUCUUUCUAGCAGCAGAUCUGUAGUUUGUAUAGUCUCAACAACAAUUUUAAAUAAAGAUAGAGAAUAAAUUAUUGAGGGGACUAGGCUAUAUCCAUUUGCCUUAAUCCACUCAUUUUUCUUAAGAAUUAUUGUGCUUAAUAAUACCAAGACUAAGCACCAUUCAAGAAAUACUAAUAUAAAGACUGUUUCUUGUUUCAGGAGAGGUUAAUUCUUCAAUGUUGGUAUGAGAACGAUGACUUGUAGUACUUUAUUCAAGUCAAAACAUCAGUGUGGAAAAAAAAAUUAUGACACAUUAGAGGUGAGGUAAAUGACCUAAUUGAUGGCAGGUAUAAUAAGACUAUCGUCUUCCUAUACGUAGAAGGCUCAUUUUCUGGGCACACUGUCUCCUAUUACAUUUUACUGUUGAAUAAAUAAAUAGGAAUUUUAAAAUAUCGAUACCACCAUGAUUGAAUCCAGAUCUGGGAUUAUGUAACUAAACAUUGUGAUGGUUAUUAUUUAAAACCAUUAUUUAAUAGAGUAAAAAUAUGUGAAUCUGGAUAUAUUUAGAAAGAGAAAGUUGAUGCCCAAAUAAUAUAUUAGGCACUACUGAUCGUUUAGUUAAAUUGAUGCACUGCACUUUUGAUAUUUCAAAGUUACAAACCUGUGCGUUUUUUUGUAAAAGGAAAUAAUUGCCAAAUACUGAGGCCCAUUGCUGAUGAUUAGUUUUAAAAUCACAUUCCUCCUCUUCUCCCCUCACUUUUCCCUACUUCCUGUGCAAAAAAGAUUUAACAAAUACUUUCAUAAGGAAAUGUGUGUUGUAACAUAAAUAUAUUGCAAAAACAUAGUUUGUAAAGGCAUUCUAUAAGCUAUUUAUGUAAAAUCAAUAAAAGUUGAUCAUUAUAAUUAAAGUGUAUCAGUUAAUGUUAUAACAGCACAAAGUAUUCUUUGUACAGAUUUUGUGCCAAUUUGAAGCCACAAAAAUGAUGUGGAUUGUUAAAUGUGUUUCAGAAUGUCCCCAGAUACUCAGUGUCAAGGGGAGAAAAAAAACCGGGUACCACAUUCUGUUUAUAUUUCACAUUUUAACUAGAUUUGAGUGUUUUAGCAAGAAACCAGUCAUAAAAUCUAGUGUCUGGGGUCUAGAAGAAAAUGUCUUUAAUCUUUGAGUUAUCGUCACAGUGUCGUUUUACUUAGAUGUACCAAUUAGUAUUUUGUGAUGGGCAAGUGUCGUUUAGUGCUUUUCACUAAUCCCACCUGCUCCCAGUGCUCCACCUUGCCCGAGAAAAGGAAAUUAAGGAAAAGUAAACUUUGUUUCCUAAUAUAAGGACAGCUAAUGUUUAUUGAGCGUUUCCUCUUUGCCAGGAGACUGGGACCCAAAGAAGUUAAGUAACUCUUCCAAGGUUUGUUUCUCUCUCCUAUAAUGUCCCAUGUGGAUGUUUGUGGUCAGUGGACAGCUUUCCACCUAGUCAUUCUGCUACCCAGGCUCCUUUCUCUUGGGGCUCUGCCUUUCUCUCUGUCCAUAGAGACCUCUUUGUUGAAGGAGCGCAUAGGGAAAGAAGGAAGUUUGCGUGGAAAAUGUUUAUGGGUCAGGCCUGGAAGUGGUGCAUAUCUCUUCUGCCCAUGUUCCUUUGGACAGAGCUCGGUCAUGUGGCCCACCUAGACAGAUUUUAGAAAAUGUGCCCAGCUGUGUGCCUGGAAAGAAGGGGUCACCAUUUUCUUGAGCAGCUAGCCAGUUUGCCAUAUUUGUGUUAUUCAUUCCCCUCUUCUUGAUGAUGAAGUGGUGAAUGAGCCAUAAAGUAUUUCAAGUUAUCCACACACUAAUCGUCUUAGUGUCUUUAAUUCAGUAACUCCAAUAUGAAUGUUAAAGUUUCUUCUAGAUUCUUAUUCCUGUAUAGCUAAUAGAGAAGAAAGAACAGCUUCCCAUGAGGAAGACAGAAGCUUCCUUAUAGGUGUUAGGAAUAAUCAGACUUGCCUCUGCCCUUUCAUCCAUGUCAAAUUCUGGUCUUUUAAAGGAGUGUUAUGUAAGUAGUCCUAGCAUUUUAAUAUACACUACAACCACAUUCUCCUAUUUUCUAUUAGAGGAAGUCAGAGAAUAUUCAUGGAAGUGAAGACCAAAAUUACCUUCUACGGGUGACUUUGAAACCUUUUGUAGAUUACAGGACAGAAAGUGAAAAUCAAGAUUAUGUUUUCUACUUUUGUGGUAGAAAUUGAGAAGUGGGUAGAUAUGGUUCGAGAAGACCUUUCAGAAACCUAGAGACUGAGUCUUUGUCUUCCUUCCUGUCUCUGCAUUACUGAGUGUGAAUUUCCUCAUUCCCCUGGAUCAUGUUUACUUCCCAUCUUCUAAAAGCUGGGGACAGAUUUGGAAGAGAAUUGCAAGUCCAGUUUUUUGAUACAUGGAGUUUCAGCGCAGGCAGGUGAUUUAUAUAGAAAGGGGGUCUGGGAAAAAGAUGGAAACCAGGGAGACAACUGAGAACAAAUGUAUUUGGGAUGAACCCAGAUAGAAGAGAAGUCUGAAAUCAUGAGGUUGCCACACAGAGCAUGAAAAAAAAAAGAUAUUCAAAGACACUUACCAACUUGAGGGGUGCAAUGGUCUGAAUGUCUCCUCCAGAAUUCACAUGAUGAAAUUUAUUCACCAGUGUGAUAGCAUUUAGAGGUGGGGCCUUGAGCGAGUGAUUAAGUCAUGAGGGCUCUGGGAUUAAUGAUUUAAAAAGAGGUGUGAGGCAGCUGUUCAGCCCUUCUGUCUUUUCUAACAUGUGAGGACCCAGCAACAGGGUACCACUUGGAAGCAGAGACUGGGGACUCAGCAGACACCAAACCCACUGGUGCUUAGCCUUGACUUCUCAGCCUCCAGAGCUGUAAGAAAAUAAAUUUCUAUUAUUUAUAAAUUAGCCAAUUGAAGAUACUUUGUUAAAGCAGUACAAAUGGAAUAAGACAAGGGGGAAGAAACUUCUAUUCCUGAUCUUCCCAACUUCUUCAAAUUCAUAACACUUGAAUGACAGUCUUAUUUCAGCACUUACCACUAUCACCUAUUAUUUUUAUGUGUGCCUUAUCUAUUCUAGAUGCCAGAUUCCUUGGAAGUAGAGAUUAUAUCUGAAUCAUCAUUGUAUUAAACCACUUAUCCUUAAAAAAUGCCCAAGACGUGGUUAAGGUUCAGUAAACACUUUGUUGAAUUGAUUGAUAAAAUGGCAGAAAUGUCAUUCUCUUCGAUAUAUAUUUAAUAAAUCCCUGACAGUUGCCAAGCAAUGCACUCGGUACAAACGUUAAAUCUCUUCUGAUGCUGUCUUGUUAGCCAACAAUUUGUUUCUCAUUUAUUCAUUAGCUGACAUCUGCUAAGUGCCUUGGAGGGGUCAAAAGGGGAAGUAAGAAAUCAAAGAUGGUCCCUACAUCAAGGAUAAACUCCUUUUGUCACUCCAAGUCAUAACCCUUUGGAAACCAAACCCACCAGUAUUCCAGAUUUUGACCACAGAUGAAUCAGUAAUACAAGAACUGGUUAGAGGGUUGAAUGAAUCUGUAUACUCAGCACUUAACACAGUACUCUGUGUAAAAGGAAAAAGAUCCUCAAAGAUACUAGUUGUUUACAUCAAGAAAGGGCAAACCUAGGAGUUUCAUCUAUCACUUCAUCUCAGAGGAACAAGAGCUUUGGAGUUAAAUAGGGCUCUGCCACUUGCAAAUUACAUGAUUGUGGUUUCUCCAUCUGUAAAUUGAUUAAAACACUGCCUAUCUAGUAAGAUAAAAUAAGUUAGAAGCAUCCAGUUAAAUGUUUGUUAACUGAAGCUACUGUUCACGUAAAUUGCGCUUAAUGCUUUUUUCUUUCUAGGUUCCAUGAUUAUUAUCAUUAUACCUCGAUAGGCCCUCAAUAGAAAUCAGUUGCAGGCGCAAAAGCCUAGAUAUUUUCACCUUAAAAUAGGAGGGUGCAAGACACUGAGGUGAAAUAGAGAUAGAGGGUACAGAGAAAACUCAUGUAAGUAAAACUGACGUUGUUAACAUUAUUUACUGUAAGUUAUCUUUGUAAGAGUGGUAAAAUACAUACAUUAUUUGUUGUUACAUAAUUUCAUUUAAAAAAACACUUCACUUUGUGUGUUUUUGUAUUGCUAUAAACCAUAAGGCCAGUUUACAAGGUUUGUAGAUGAAACAGAAAAAAACAUAUAGCUUCUUUGAAAAGCAGAAUACAUUUCUUAAGAAAGGCAGGAAGUGUUUAAACCGUGAGUCAACAAGUUUUACUGUCAAAGCAGAUUUUUGGUAUGGAAAGAAAAAUACUUAUAAAUACUUGUUUUAAUAUUUGCUUUAUUAAAAUAUGUUUAAAAUAUAGCUUUUUAAAAAUCUCUAAGCUUAACUUGGAGAUCUUGUAAGUACUGUAAAUUUGUUAAAAAUGAGAAAUUAUAUUCCCAUUUCUUUAACAAUUUGUAAGUUCCAAUUAUCCUGAACAUUUAAUGCCCUUACAUAUUUUCUGAAUCACAUUUUCUUAAACAUUUGAUAAAAGACAAUAAUAUCUUGAUCCAACUACCAGAAAGGCAGACUUGUGUACUUGACAGAUUUUUCUAAAUACUUGACAACUCACAAUUCUAACAUAAACACAAAAUAGCAUAUCAAAAAUUAAUCACUCAAUUUAAAAGCAUUUAUACCAUAGGCUUUUAUUCAUUUCUUGAAUAGUUUUGUUACAUCUUCCUCUUUUAGGCUGCAAUGAGCUAUAAUUAACCACAUGCUGGGUGACAGAACAAGACCCUAUCUCUAAAAAUAAAAUACAUAUAUAUAUAUAUGUAUGUAUCUUCCUCUAUUAUACUUUAACUCAUUAAGCCAUCUUAUUUAGAUGGAAACUUGGUCCCCUGACAUGUUCUAUCAAACAAAUAGAAACCUGGAAAUUUAGUGCACAUUCAAAUAUUAAAACAGACACUGGUGUGGUGACUUUUGUCUGUCCUGUCCCUUCAUUGGGACUUUUUUCUUUCGGAUCAACCUAAUGAAAGUAUAAUUUACAUACAAUUAAGUGUAGCCAUUUUUAAUGUAGAAUUCAAUGAGCUUUGAUGAAUGUGUACACCUAGGUAACCACCACCCCCAAUCAAGAUAAAUAACAGUUUGUUGCCAGAAUAAAUUUCCUUUUCCUUUGCAGUUAUUCUCCCCAGCCCUAGGUCACCACUGAUCCAUCUUCUGUUACAGGAAGGUUAUUUUCUUCCCUGUUUCAGAAUUUCAUAUAAAUUAGAUAGUAUGUACUCUUGUGUUUAGUUUCCUUAGCUUAAAAUUUUUAGAGAUACAAGCUGUUGCAUAUGUCUGUAGCUGUUUUGUUUUUAUUGCUGAAUAGUAUUUCAUUGUAGUAUACCACAAUUUGUUUAUAUAUUUACUGAUGGAUAUUUGCGUUUUUUCCAGUGUGGGAUUAUUAUGAAUAAAGUUGCUACAAACAUCUGU